CGCCGCCGCCGCCGCCGCCGCGUUCGCUUCGGGGAGGGCAGCUGGGCCCCGCCGCUGCCGGUAGCCCCGGCUCCGGCGCCGCCGCUACUGUGGGGCGUCUCAGGCCGGCGGAGCCGCUGCGGGAUUAGCCGUCGCCGCCUCCCGCCCGCCUGCUGCAGCUGCCGCUGCCGAGCCACGUGCCGCUGCCAGUGCCCAGCAGACGCCGCACCCGUACCCCCACGGGUGGCAGGAAGGGAAGCAGGCAACCAUCAUGAGUCAGUUUAAUCUGGACCGCUUUCGCUUUGAGAAGAGGAGCCAGGUAGGGGAGCAGGAAAACCUGCCCUCUCCCCUACCCGCUGCUCGGCCCCCAGCUGCUUCAGACACUGCAGCAAGUAACGGUGGCGGUGGGGAGGAGGAUAAUGAGGUGACCGAUGACAGCAGCAGGCCGGAUACGCCAGCCUCAGAUGUGACAGAGAAAACAGAAGAUUCAAGUGUCUCAGAAACCCCAGAAGUAGAAAAGACAACAAAGCUCUCACAUUUCAAAAAUCGCAGAAAUUUACAAUACAUUGACGUAUCCUCUGACAGUGAAGAUCAGGAAUCACAAAAUUGCUCUACUACAAAAUACAAUAAUGUUCUUCAGAGGGAUGUUAUUGUGAUUUCUGAACAGUCUGACGAUGAGCAGCCUCAAGAUGAAGUCCCUAAUUUGACGUAUGCAAAUGGUAUGGACCAAUCGCAAAACAUGGAGGAGGAAGACAUCAUAGAUGCUAAGCUCCAAACACUGAAGGAACUCUUUCCACAAAGAAAUGACCAGGAAUUACUACAAUUGAUAAAGUCAACACACACAAUGGAUGAAGCAAUAGCUGCUGCUUUGACGCACAGUGAUGAAGCUGCUUCCCGAAAAAGAAAACUAGAACAGUCUCCUAGAGAAAAUUCAGAUGAUGACGACAAUGAUGACCAAAUUGCAAAAAAGCAAAAAGCUGACUCUCAGGAAGGGUCAGCAUCUCAAAAAGAAUGGGAAAAACAAGAAACUCUUGUAAAGAAACUGCAAAAUGAAUUCCCUGGUUUGGAUAAAAAGGAACUGAGAGAUGUACUUCAAGAACAUAAUUGGGUAUUUCAUGAAGCACUGGAAGCCUUAAAAGUAUUUGCAGAAGACCAAGAGGAUGCACAAAAUCCUUCCAUAAGUGAAGUUUCUAAUUGGAAUGAAGUCUCCACAAAUAGCAAAAAUGAUCAGAACAGUGCAAAGGUGAAGAUGAAACAGAAAUCUUCUACAAAAACUCAGAAUGGCUUUAGGAAAAAAGAUAAAGGCAAAAAAGGCAUUUGGAGUACUAAAAGAGAAAUGGAAGAUUCAGAAUACGAGUCAGCCUCAGAAGGUGGUAGCUCCCUUGAUGAGGACUACAGCAGUGGUGAUGAAGUGAUGGAGGAUGGCUGUACAACUAAAAUACUUAACUUCCUGCAAGAUGCUUCACUGGGUGAACUCACUUGGAUCCCUCAGUGUUCUCAGAAAAAGGCUCAGAAGAUAAUAGAGCUCCGGCCCUUUAAUAGCUGGGAAGCUCUGGUUUCAAAAAUGAGCAAGACAAACGGUUUGUCAGAAGAUAUAAUAUGGAAUUGCAAAACUCUGCUCAGAGAAAGAGAUGUGGUUCUAAAACUUAUGAACAAAUGUGAAGAUAUUUCAAAUAAAUUGACAAACCAAGUGACCAGAAUCACUGAGGAUGGUGGAUGUGGAUGGAAUAUAGAACAACCUUCUAUUCUGAAUCAAAGUUUGGAACUCAAGCCAUAUCAGAAGAUUGGUUUGAAUUGGUUAGCACUACUCCACCAACAUGGAUUGAAUGGCAUUCUAGCUGAUGAAAUGGGUUUAGGAAAGACGAUUCAAGCUAUUGCAUUCCUGGCCUAUCUCUACCAACAGGGUAAUAAAGGUCCUCACUUGAUUGUUGUGCCAGCUUCAACUUUAGAUAACUGGAUAAGAGAAGUUAAUCUGUGGUGUCCGGAUCUUGGUGUCCUUUUUUAUUAUGGAUCCCAGGAAGAUCGGAAACAUCUCAGAAUUGACAUUAAUAAUAAAGCUGUAGACUUUAACGUGAUUGUGACCACGUAUAAUUGUGCAAUUAGCAGUUCAGAUGACCGAAGUCUAUUUCGUCGGUUGAAACUUAACUAUGCAAUCUUCGAUGAAGGCCACAUGUUAAAGAACAUGGGUUCUGUACGUUACCAGCACCUUAUGACAAUUAAUGCAAUGAAUCGUCUGCUACUAACAGGAACUCCAGUUCAAAAUAAUCUAUUGGAAUUAAUGUCUCUCUUGAAUUUUGUUAUGCCACAUAUGUUCAGUAGCAGCACAAGUGAAAUCCGGAGGAUGUUCUCUUCAAAAACAAAAACUGCAGAAGAACAAAGUAUAUAUGAAAAGGAGAGGAUUGCACAUGCAAAGCAGAUAAUAAAACCAUUUAUCUUGAGAAGAGUAAAAGAUGAAGUUCUUAAACAGCUGCCUCCCAAAAGAGAUCUUAUUGAGUUGUGUGCAAUGUCAGAGAAACAAGAACAGCUCUACUAUGACCUCUUGAACAAGAUAAAGAAAUCUAUUGACAGCGAGGAGAAGAACUCGGACACAGGCAAUGUCAUGAUGCAACUGAGAAAAAUGGCUAACCAUCCUCUCUUACAUCGUCAAUACUACACGGAUGAUAAACUUAGGAUUAUGUCAACUCUUAUGCUCAAGGAACCCACACAUUGUGAUGCUAAUCCUGACCUCAUCUUUGAAGAUAUGACCGUGAUGACAGAUUUUGAGCUUCAUUUGCUUUGUAAACAAUAUGCCAAUGUCAGUGACUUCAAGCUAGAGAUGGACCAGAUUUUGGAUUCUGGAAAAUUUAGAACUCUAGAACAUAUUCUCUCUGAUCUUAAAGAAAAGGGUGAUAGAGUUGUUUUGUUCAGCCAGUUUACUAUGAUGCUAGACAUCUUAGAAGUUCUUCUGAAACAGCAGCAGCAUAGAUAUAUUAGGCUGGAUGGAAAAACACAGAUUUCUGAAAGGUGACCUAUCACCUGGACAAGGGGGAAGAGAUUGACAUCAUACAUCUUAACUUCAAAAAAGCCUUCAAUCUGGUAUCCCAUGAUCACCUCCUGGCAAAACUGGCCAACUGCGACAUUGGGUCCACCAUGAUCCACUGGCUGGGGAAUUGGCUCCAUGGCCGGACCCAGAAGGUGGUGGUUGACGGAAGUAAAUCGUCAUGGUGCCUUGUGACCAGUGGGGUACCUCAAGGCUUUGUUCUUGGACCUCUUUUGUUCAACCUCUUCAUUAACAAUGUGAACAUUGGAGUCAGAAGCGGACUGGCCACGUUUGCCGAUGAUACCAAACUUUGGGGUAAAGCAUCCAUACCUGAGGACAGGGGGGCAAUCCAGGCUGACCUUGCCAGGCUCAGGAAAUGGGCGGAUGAGAACCUGAUGGUGUUUAACACUGAAAAAUGCAAGGUCCUCCACCUUGGGAGGAAAAACCCGCAGCAUAUCUAUAGGUUCAGCAGUGCCAAGCAUGGCUAGUACUACGGCCAAGAGGGACUUGAGGGUCAGGACUGACCACAAGAUGAACAUGAGCCUUCAAUGUGAUGCUGUGGCUAGUAAAGCGAGCAAAACAUUGGCUUGCAUCCCUAAAUGCUUCUCAAGAAAAUCUCAGGACGUCAUUCUCCCGUUGUACUUGGCCUUGGUGAGGCUGCAGCUGGAGUACUGUGUCCAGUUUUGGGCUCCACAAUUCAAAAAGGAUGUGGAGAAGCUUGAGAGAGUCCAGAGAAAAGCCAUGCACAUGAUCAGAGGUCAGGAAAACAGACCUUAUGACAAGAGGCUGAGAACUAUGGGACUCUUCAGCUUGGAAAAGCGCAGGCUCAGGGGCAAUCUGGUAGCCACCUAUAAGUUUGUAAGGGGUGUUCACCAGGAUCUGGGGGUACAUUUGUUCACCAGGGUGCCCCAAGGGAUGGUGAGGUUGAACAGUUAUAAACUACUACAAGACAGUUUCAGACCUGGACAUAAGGAAGAACUUUUUUACUGUCCGAGUCCCUAAGGUCUGGAAUAGCCUGCCGCCAGAGGUGGUUCAAGCACCUUCAAGAACACCUUCAAGAGAAACCUGGAUGUUUUUCUUGCUGGGAUCCUAUGAUCCCUGCUGGCUUCCUGCCCCUGGGGGAGGGGGCUGGACUCGAUGAUCUUCCGAGGUCCCUUCCAGCCCUAAUGUCUAUGAAAUCUAUGAAUUAUGUGCAAAUUGCAUAAAUUUAGUCCAUUAAUAACAAAAUCUGUUAUCAAUUGUACUUUUAAUUAUUUCAAAUGCACUUGAAAUAAUAAUAUGAAUGACCUAGUGGAAGUGCUUAUUGACAGCACUGAUAUCAAUAUUACUGUUUAAUCUAGUCAUGUCUCACUUAUGGAAGGACUUUAUUAUUAUUUUGAAAUAAACUGAAGUAUUUUGUUUUCUUUUUCUUAAAAAGAACAUCAACCUUUUAAUUAAGUAUUGAGUAUCAUCUCUUGGGUUUCUUGCUAUCAGUUAAAAUCCUUUUUCAUCCUAUCUAAAAUUUCUCCACUCUUAUCUCUAUGGUCUCUUUGAUAAAAUACCCAUUCGUUCUGUUGACAGACAUAUGAAUCUGGUGUUUGUUUUCACUUAUUCCUUCUCCCUUCAUGUCAGGCUAUAAAUGCUUCCUGUUACCUUCCUCCAUGACAUUGAUACAGCUUGCUUUCUCUCUGUCCAUACAAAUAAGAUUCUUGGUAAUCAAACAAAGAUGGUAAUCAUUUCUUGUCUUGGCUGCUGCAGUCACUUCCACUCUUGUCCUCCUGAUACUUGCACUUCAUACAAAACGCAGCCACCUGCCCCUGUCCUGCCACUUUCUCCAGUAUGAUGCAUUCUGGUUUCUUAUUUCUACCUGUUAGACCCUCCUCAGUUCUGUCCCUCUUCCCUGUCUGCCAUCAUGGCCACAAACAUCAUUCUCUUCCCUUUCCCAUUGAUGCCAAGCAAGGCCCUCAUUUGCUUCUUUCACAGUCUUUUCCAUGUGCUCUACGGUACCAUCUUUUGUACGUAGAAUGUCUUUUCAGAGUUUUCAAGGUGACUAUCCUGUCCUCAUUCAAGACUUUCUUCUUUGCACCCUCUUGAGCCAACUAGUAAGAGCUCAUGUCAGAGAUGGAGAGGUACUUUAGUCGAUACCAUGCAUCUGUGCAUGUGUGUUAAACACCAGACAAAACAGAAAAGUGUGGGGGUGGGAGUGAAAAGUUGUCAGUCUCUCCCCUAACUGCAUCACUUCUAAGUCAGAUUUUUCUUUGUCUGGAAAAUAGCAAUAUUUUUUUUUUCACAAGGCUUGAUAGUUAAAUUAUCUAAUU